AUGAGAAGCACAAGUCCAAAGGUAUGGCUAGCCCCACCUGAAGGCAUUAUCAAAAUUAACUGUGAUGCGUCUUUGAGUACGGAGGAGUGGGUGCCGAGGGACUGGAAAGGGGAUGUCAUCUUCUCGGCGUCCAUACGUGUGAGAGCAUAUUGUCCUCCGGUUGUGGCGGAAUGUAUGGCUGCUGCGAUGGCUGUUCAUCUUGCCAGUAACCAUGGCCUGUCUAACGUGAUUAUUGAAACUGAUUGUCUGGUACUUGUCAACAGAUUAUGUAAAGCAUUGAUUUUCUUCACAGACCUUGAUGCGAUACUAGAGGAUACCAUUAGUUGGUGUCAUGUAAAGCGAGAUGGGAAUACCGUAGCCCAUAAUCUUGCUCGUUUAGUUCCUUUUGGAGUCGAACAAAUUUGGGAGAACCAUAGUCCUUGUGAGAGGUUGCUCCGAAUGUUUUGA